UGGACAGGAUUAUUUCACUGUUUUACUAUUUUUCAUGUAUUGCCAGUGUUUGCACAACACGCAGUUGCUUUAUUUGCUGAUGCUGUUGCAUCAGCUCCAUUCCUCGGCCAUACUGCGACGGAGCAGGGAGGAGUAUUUGGCGGCAAGGAUGCGGCGGCGUCGCCUGUACCUCCGCCGGCGGAACGCGCUGGUGGCGCUGAUGGGGAACAUCGGCGGGCUGCUGGGCUCGUCCAUCGACCGGCACAUCAGGCUCCGGGAGAGCAGACACGGCCGGGUGUUUUGGUCCUCGGUGCUGGAAAACUUCGGGGACGAGCAGUGGCUUUGUCUCUUCCGUAUGUCGCGACGGACGUUUGAGCUUCUGGUCACGGAGCUCGAGCCCUCCCUCAAAAAGCAGACCACCAACUACCGCGAGCCCAUCGAGCCGCGCCGCAGGCUGGCCGUGGCGCUGUGGUGGUUCGCCACGGCGUGCGAGUACCGCACCAUCGCGUCUCUGUUCGGGGUGGGCAUCUCCACCGUCUGCAUCCUCGUCCGUGAGGUGACCGCAGCGAUCCUGCGCAACCUCUACCGGAGGUUCGUCUCGCUGCCCGCCGGCCAGCAUCUGGACGACACCAUCGCCGGGUUCGAGCAGCGUGGGUAUCCGCAGUGUGGCGGGGUCCUGGAUGGCACCCACAUACCCGUCAUCCCUCCCCGCGACAACCCCGCGGACUAUUGCAACACAAAGGGAUGGCACUCCAUUAUCCUGCAGGCUGUUGUUGACCACAACUACUGCUUUACAGACAUUAAUGCUGGUUGUCCUGGCGGCACACACGACGUGCAAGUUCUGGCAAGCUCAGAUCUCUACCGAGUAGCAGAAGUCCUACAAGAUGGCUACCUUUUUCCCAGAGAGAAGUCCAGAUUUGUGAACAAUGUGGAAAUACCCGUACACCUGAUUAGCGAUCCUGCCUAUUCACUGAAGAGAUGGUUAGUUAAUGGUUACUCAAAGCAGCAACAACUGACUGAAGACCAGCAAAAGUUCAAUAUCAGGCUGAGCUCUGCUUGGAUGGUUGUUGAGGACGCCUUUGGACGGUUGAAAGGACGAUGGAGAUGUCUCAUGAAGCAGAAUGACGUCGACCUAAAGAUUAUGCCUGACAUUGUUGCCGCCUGCUGUGUGCUCCACAACCUGUGUGAGCUCAACAAAGAACAGUUUUUGUCUGAGUGGAAUGUCGCUCCACCACAAGGUGAAGAUGAAGAGGGAGAUCAACCCGAUGAAGGCCAACUGAAUGAAGAUGUCCAAGCCAUCCGCAAUUCUAUCCUCGCCUUAUUGUGAAGCACGUGAACUAAGCAAUCUCCCAAGGAGAGCUGUGUGUAUGUGACUUUUCUUUCCAACCAAACACAACACCGGCAAAUUUUACCAAAUAAUUCCUCGCCUCUUGGCUUGAAGGUCUGCUAAUUAAUAAAAUCAGCUGGUGUACCGAGUAGGAACGAACACCCGCAUGAACACACAUGAACUUUCAUGGUGCGUGGUUGGUUGCUGUGGAUCUUUGCUGU